GGGCAUCAACUGCAUGGUGGAUUCAGUGUGGCACGUUUUGGAUUGUUUUUCAUCGGAAUAAGGGUUGAUGGUGUGCGAUGGCAGCUAUGUGACACGGUGAGCCGCCUUCAACCAUUGUGCAUUCAAGCAUCUUUUUCUCUCAUUUCGUCUCUCAACGCUCUCUUAGGGAUGAUAUUGUAUCUUCAUCUCACAUCAAUCACCGAAUCUCGACUAGGACGUCUCUGGUAAAACCUAAUGCCUCUUACCACCGCACCAACUCCACGAUCCAAAUACAAUAUUCUGGGCUCACCAUUUCGGCAUCCAGAUGAUACGAGGCGUCAGUUAGACGAUCCGCAUAAUAUCCCACUUCUGGCCUCCAUUAAUUGGAUACUCGUUACUGUGUGGGAGGUCCUCGCACUAUGUCUCGCCGUCUGGAUUGCGGUAAAACACUUCCGUGAACUGCGACAACAUUCGGCAGGAGGGAUUAUCGAGGACUGUUUCAUGGUGUUGAUGAAAACUCACGUGGUUUACUUUGCGAGCUUUGUUGCCGUUUCUUACUUCCAUCUCGUUCUUGAUUUCCCUCCAAAAUCAUUCAUAGACAAUUUCCUGGACGCUAGUAUUAUCUCUGAGCUUCUUCAGAUUUUGGAGGUCGUGCAGAUGUCUGUGCCGGGACCAUGCCUGAUCCUUGGUGUUUGGAAAUACCACGCUAAGCUUGUGGCCGAUUCUGACGCAGCAACUGGAACGAGUGCAUAUAUCGACUGGCAGUGA